AUGACUUGGGAACAGUUUGAAACCAUUUUCAAUGAACAAUACUUCCCUCGGAGCUAUCGGGAUGAAAAUGCAAUGGAGUUUAUGUCUUUGCUACAGGGUGACAUGUCUGUGAGGGAGUAUGAGGCUAAAUUCAACAAUCUAUCCUGGUUUGCACCAUCUCUAGUGGAGUCCAAGCACCUAAGGUGCCUUAAAUUUGAGAAGGGUGGGCCACAGUGGAGUGGUAGAAGAAACCACAAUCAGGGACAUAUUAGCAGAGAAAUGAUUAGUGGUGGUAGCAGUUCCUCUGGAAGUGACAGGAGUGGUCCUUAUAGACCCAAGUGCCAUCAUUGUGGGCAAAUACCUCCACCACAACAAUAUAGGCUAGGAACACAGAGGCCUAAUAUUGGUGAUAAAGAGAAAGGGAAAGCGCAGGGACAAACGUAUACCCUAAUACGAGGCAGUUCUGGAGGUCAGGCCACCAACACCGUGGUUGAGGGUAUGAUCAUGAUCUCUCACUCAUUAGCACAUGUAUUGUUCGAUACUGGUGCUACCUAUUCGUUUAUAUCAAGUUCUUUUGUUGAAACAUUGAAAUUGAAAUCUGAGAACUUGGAAACCCCGAUGAUGUUGAACUCCCCACUGGGAUGUAUGGAGGUAGCUAGUAUAUGUAGAUCGUGUGAAAUUAUGAUUGGAGGUAAGCGAUUGAGAGCCGAUCUGAUAAUCCUUCCAAUGAGUUUGUUUGACGUGGUACUCAAGAUGGAUUGGUUAGCAAGAUACGGUGCGAUUGUUGAUUGCUACCGUAGAAGAGUAACUUUGAUGACUCAUUCUGGAACGGUAAUUACUUAUCAAACAGACAUGAAUCCAGUCCUAGAAGAACGACUAUUGAGAUACAGCGUUGGAGGACGUAGGAACCUAGCUUGUUUUUCUUUCCUUCUUGCUCUAGAAGGUGAACCCGAGGUAAUGGGAGACAAUGUGGGAAUUCCUGUGGUGGACGAAUUCGCAUAUGUAUUUUCUGAUGAGUUACUAGGUUUACCGCCAGAUCAGGAGAUUGAAUUCGGUAUUGACUUGAUACCAGGAACGACUCCAAUUUCUAUUCCUCCUUACUGA